AUGGCUACCUGCUCCAGGACAGCCUCUCAAGCCCAAUCCCUGUUUGAUCAAGGAUACCUGGAACCCGCACUUCCGCCAACCACCUCUGUUGAAUAUGGCAAGGUAUCCCUUGAACAAGUCACGCAACUCCUCCUUGGCCUCCUCAGCCAAGUUGAACGCCUCAAGCAAGAGAUUGCCAAAAUCAAGGAAGCAGGAAUUGAGACCUGGACAACUGUCAAAAAUAUAUCCCAAACUGUUGAUGUUGUCAAGGAUGGGCUUAAGUCCCUUCAACUCCAGGGCCCCUGCACACCCAAAGGACCCCAACCCAAAGCUGUGGAAGAAACGCCAUGCCCCUUAGCAAAAGCCAAGCCUAUUGGAUUGGUUAGUGGGGCCCCCUUCUGGUCAGAAGCACCCAAGGUCCUCCCCAGCCUUGCCCAACCAACCCCACAAAGAGCUGCUCCCCCGCAAGUCCCAUCUCCCCCUCCAUCUCUGCGUCUCCAAUCCCCAAUUGGGACAGCUGCCCCUCCACCUCCGGCUCCAGUUGCCGCCUAUCCUGCUCCGGUCAAGGUUGACCACCCCAACGCCUACACAGGCAAAAUAGGGAGCAAAGCCAAACAAUGGCUGACCCAGAUGUUGGCCUGGACCCGCCUCAACUUGCGGAUGUUCCCUACUGAUCAAGAGGUCCUCUCCUUCCUCUUGAUGAACAUGAAGGACUCCGCCAGGGCCUGGGCCCACCCACACCUUGACCAGCUUGGAUCACACCGAGCCAUCAUCCAAACCGUUGAGGGAUUCAAGUUGGAAUUCUUGGCAGCAUUUGGCAACCCUGACGCCACAAGGGCUGCUGAGCAGAAGAUCACCACCCUCACCCAGUCCAGCACAUGCGCGGACUAUAUCACAAAGUUCAGAACCCUAGCCAUGGAACUAGACUGGAAUGACGCGGCCCUCAAAGAGCUGCAGAAUGCAGCACUUGUCAUUGAUAAUGCUCUUCAAGAAGAGCGCGCUAGCCACCCACCAAGGGACAGUAAGUCUAGCAAAUCAUCUAACCCCGCAAGGGGGACAAGUACCAGCCAGCCAACCACCGGUUCAAGAAAGCUCUCCAACAACCCCAACUUUGUAUUGGAGGAAGAGCAAAACCGCCGCCGCGCCGCCGGCGCCUGUAUCAAGUGCGGAAAAAUGGGCCACAAGUUUGCAGAAUGUUGCACAGGCUGGAAAGCCACCCCUAUUGAAGACAAGGGGAAGGCUAAGGAAACUGCCAAAACGGGCAAAGACUCCAAGUACCAAUUGGGAAAAGAGUAA